ACUAUCGCCAGAAAUUUUGGUUGACCUACAAUGGUGAAAACAUUUACUAUCGCUUAUCUCACACUUUCCACUCUGCUUUCUUCUGCAACAAAGAUUUCCACAUUCACGGAUACGAACUGUCAGCAUAGCUCUCAAAUACUAGACGGUCCGAACGGAUACCCGGAUGGCGUGUGCUCGAAACUUGUUAGGAACGGUCCAUUCUCAAGCUUCCAAGUUAUUCAAGCGGAUGACGGAUGUUCAGUCACAAUUUAUGGAGCCGAUACAGACGAGCAAUCUUGCUCCUCUGACAGAAAGGAAUUUGCAAAAAAGCUAAAGUGCUACGGCAAUGAAUGGGUUUACUAUUCCAUUGACAUGUGCUUUAACCCCGACUCCAACUCAACGACCUCCAGUGUUAGCAUCUCUUCAAAAGAUACGUCCUCAAACACUGGAGCUAUUGUCGGGGGCACGAUUGGAGGCUUUUUCUUUCUAUGUACUGUCUUAGUACUUGGCUACAUUCUUUGGAAUCGCCAUCGUCGUUUGACAAGACCUCCAGAAAACCGUUCAGAAACCCAACCUCCUGAACUUCCACUCGGAUCCGAGAUACAAGAACUCGAUAGUGAAAACCGACAGAUCGAAUCAAGUGUAGCGCCAGCAGAACUUGGAGUUUCAGAAAUGGAAGCGAGCAAACGCAAACGCAGUCUAGAAACAGAACCGGUAGAACUUCCAAGCGGGGACAAAGGCUUAGUAUCUACUAGAGAAGCCUCUGAGCUUCCGUAG